ACGGCUAGAAAGACUGGAACGACGGCUUGUUGAUUAAUACCGGAAGCUCUCGCUUUGCAUGCGCGCGCCGGUCGCCAUGGUCGCCUAGGGAUUGUGACGUCAGGCGGCGUCUCGCUUCCUGUUUCCGGUGCCCUUGUUCCUGCGUUGAAGGCGACGGCGUAGACGAGGAGGAAGGUGAAGAGGAAGAGCUGCCAAGAUGCUUCGGAACCUUUUGGUAUGGCCGGAGGAGGAGGAGGAGGAGGAGGGUCUGGCCUGUGACUUGGGUGGCUUUUGCUGUUGGGAAAGUAGCCGCGGAAGCAGCGAGAUAGACGAGUGAAGGGAGGCCCCUUUUAUUGCAUUUCCUGCGGUUGUGAACUGCCUUUUUCAAGGUUGCAAAUUCCACGCAGUGUUAAAAGCGAAAAAUGAAAACACAGCGUAGCAAAUAUGCAGCAAAAGUGAACCCCGCACCCUCAGCAAUUCCCACAAAAACAGCUAUAAUAAAAUAGUAUUUUUGUUUGUCGAAAUGGCUGCUUAAAACUAAACUACGCCUAUUUAAAAAGGAACCAUACUUGAGUUAAGGUAUCGGGGUUUGGGAGGGGUCGGGGGGGUCAUAUUGUGACUGGUUUGGGCCUUGUAAAUGGUCAGGGGGCGGGAUCUGGAAAACCUCUUUUAAGAAGGCUGGGGAGGGUGCCAUGGAGGAUGGGUUGAAGGGGAAAUUUGCCAAUAUCAGGUUUCAGAAGUCUGCCCAAUUUGGGGCAGUUAUUUCCUCCACGGUGCUGUCACACAUUAAUGGAGGAGAGGGCAUCUGGGGAGGCGUUGGUGGGCUAAGGUGGCUUCCAGGAGGAGAUGAGGCAUUUUAUUUCCAUGGGUCUUAAGUUCACAUAUUGGGAUCCAAGCCAAUGUAUUUUACUUUAUAUUUUCAUUGGUUGGUAAUGUUUGCCAUGUCAAAGUCCUUUGAUUUUCAAAGAUAGGUGUUGGUCUAUGGUCUCCCAGUUUGGUGGUUUGGGUAUUGUUCACUUGGUGCACCAACUUCCUUUUUUACAUGGUGCAGAUUAAGAAGGGGAAAUUGGGUUGGGAAAAGCAGGAUUUCAACAAAGUAGCUGUUAGCUUUUGGCAGAAGCAACAGGUUUUUUGUUGGUAUCUUAAAGAGGCAUGUGACACAAGCUUGUGUGCCUUUCAUCAGAUUUAUGUAGAUUUACUGUAUUUUCAGUUGGUAGAAAUGUGGGGUGAAACAGUGGGGCCUAAUGGCCAUGCAAUGAAAGAGGCAGCAAUGGUCAGCACAGGUUAAAUAUAUACAAGAAUAGCUGUUUUUACACAUAAUAGCAAAACAUGAUUAAGCUUUAUGUAAGCAAGCCCUUGAACAAUACACUCCCCACAUCCAGCACUGACAUAUAAGAUCAAACACUUCCUUUCAUUCUUAACUAACUACAGUUUGGUAGGUUCAGAACAAAAAUUAUAGUGUUAAGUAUGGCUUAUUAAAACUAGCUAGGGUUGUUAGCCAUAGUCUGAAGUAGGCUUGCCUCAUUAAGCUAUAUCUAACAUUUUCGUUUCAGAGAAAACUGUGAUUAUCAUUCUGUGUACACUAGUGUGGUCACUAACUACCUUUGGUCUAAACCACUAGUGUUUAGUUUACUUGCUUCCCAAGUAAUUGUGCAUAUGAGUGUACCCUUAACAAAAGAAGCACUACUUCUAAUAAUAAUUUAAAAAGAAAUAUUUUUUGUUUGUUUUGCAGACUCUUCGGCAAAUUUCUCAGAAAUCCAUAAGCACUGCCUCCCGCAGGCAGGUUACAAACAAGGUUCCGGAAUUACAGAAACAUUUCCAGGUAUGGUUGCAUGCAUACUUUGAGAACAAAUGACAAUGUAAUGGAACCUCUUAAUAUUGUUUUUAUCUAUCUAUAUAAAUAUAUAUAUGAUUUUUUUUUUACGAUGAAUAUACUUUACGUAGCACCACUAAUGGCAUUUAGCGUCCAAGCCAUCUUUCUUUUUUUGAUCUUUUAAGACCACACAGUCUGAUUGCUGUGUGAUAGCUGCUUAUUUUCUCAGUAGUGCUAAAUUAUCUGAAAUCCAAUAGCAUGCUUGUAUGAAUGAAUUUAUGCUUACGAAUGCAAUUAAGUUACAUGUGAAAGAUACAGCAAUAGCUGUUGAAGACAAAUCAGAAUUUUAGCUUCUGGGAGUAUCUUAAAAAAUAUAGGCAAUGUCCUACCUGGCUAGCAAAUUGUGACUAGUUAAUAAAUAAUCUAUGUGGUGCUGGGUAUCAUAAGUUAGAACUCAAACCUUUUUGUGUGUUCUAUAGACAGCUGUACUAACAGUCUUUGAUCAUUCUCGGUUGUCAUGCUGAACAGUACAGGGUAGAGGUGGGGAACCUGCAGCCCUCCAGAUGGCAUGACUGAUGGUCAGGGUGGGCAGGAAUCUGGAUGGCUACAGAUUUCUAUCCCUAAUGUAAGAAGACACUAUUCUGCUUGCUAUGAGUAAAAAAUGUGCUGUAAUAUUUUUACUUGAUAGUUUGUUUUAUCAUCUAGGUAGUCUGAUUCAUGACUUGGUUUUUCCAAAGUUGUGGUUUCAGCUGUGUUGUCCUUAAUGUUAAUAAUCAAAUACUUUUCAUAAAAUAGUUUUUCUUGGCCCCCUCCCCCUGCAUCCCAAGCCAUGCCCACUAAAGCAUCAGCCCAUCUAAGUUGAGUAGUUCAAAAUGGGACAUCUUUUCAAAAGUGGUGGGUACAUUGUGUUGGCAUUUGACUAGUCAAAAAUUGAUCAAGAAUUUUAAAGGAAUAAGUUAUUUGAUCAACCCCCUAACCAGUAAAACCCUAGCAAAGCAUGCUAAUUACAAAAAAGUAUUUUCCUUCAUUAUUUUAUUCUAGAAGACUUCAGAGUCUAGUCCCUCUCUCAGUCUUUGCAAAAGAACAGCAAAUUUCACACUGAAUGUCAUCUCCCUUGGCAUGUGAAAUGUGGCUAAACUUUUGCAGAAGGAUUAAGUAAAGAGUGGUAUGCCUUGAUAAAACGGGUUCUUCCUUUCCUUGUGGCCAUUGUGGAAUCUGCUGGCUGAUUUCUUUACUUGCUCCCUGAGGGUGGCAGUGGCCCCACAGACUUUGCACUGCCUGAAAAGUGGCCUUGGGCAGUGACAGGUGGUCAUUUAACUGAGAGGGAGAAAGUUGGUCUCUAAUCUUGCUGGCUGAUCUGUGUGUUAACUGGAAAAUCAGAACCACAAGUAAGUAGUGUCACCAUUGUCUCUGAAAUGGUGUCUUCCAUGACCCUUUAAGGCAGUAUAUUGCAGUGUGCAUACAUGCCUUCGUCCACAGUGCUGAGGUUCACUGCACUGCUGCUGUCCUGUGCUACAGUGCUCACAUUCCCUGCACUAUGUAGGCUGCUGACUCAAUCCUUAUUGACUCUAGCUAAUUUGCUGACCCUAAUUUAUGAUUAUGUAUGCACAUGCUUUGUGUUUCCUCUUUACUGUUGUGCUCCCAUUUAGAGAUGCCAGCAGUUUAGCAAAUGGCCAGGGAACCAGGACCUGUUGCUUAACUGGAAAGGAUGAGGACAAAAAUUCUUUAUAGAGAGAAUGCAGGUGAUACCUGCUCCUAAAAUUUAUUCAGUAGAUUUAUAGCCUGUUUUCUGAUUUGAGUUCUUACAACAGUUAAUAGCAUUUAUGAAACACAGUAGGUGCACCUAAACUCACAUGCUCACAAAACAACCAACCCCACUGAGCAGGAGCCAGCACCAAACAUUUUCCACAGAGUAGAUAGGGUUGGGACAGUUUGACUGGAGCAUACCCUCAUAGUGGCUGAAUGAGAGAUCUGUGAGUGACACAAGCUCUGAUAAGGGUUGAGGAGGGAACAGUUCCUUGCUUUCACGGUUGCUGGUUGAUUAACCAGUUCUGCACUCAAUGUAUUGCCACUUACAUAAGGGCAUUCUUGACCCUUUAGAAAGUUUGAUCAUAUUUGACUAGGGUCAAUAAAAAGAAUAUUGUAACUAAUCAGUUGAACGGUGUCCCAAUACACUCUAAAUUUAGGCUGCAGUCCUGUGUAUGCAUACUUGGGACAUGAGUUUUAUUGAACUUGGUGGGAUGUUUAAGUAAACAAGCAUAGGAAUGGGCUGCAAAUAGGCUGCUUGUUAGAGCUGGUUGAUUUAUUCUUCCACUCCUUGCCUUUCCUCUCUGGUUGCUUCCUUGCAGCUCAUUUUAGCCUGCCUGGGCUGAGGAAGUAAUGUAUCUCUCCCCACCCCCAGAAAUAUUUAGGGUAUAAGGCUUAUCCUUAGGAGAAUACGGAUGUGGGGGUUCCCCUCUUCUGCUUUCCACCUCCACUCUACCCCAUCCAGGAAUCAACACAAGGUUUGGCUGCUUCUUCCUCCCCACCUUUCUCUGUCUAGGUAGCAGUUCCCAGGACCUUAGCCCAUUUGCUUCACAUGGUUCUAUCCUUAUUUCAGACAUCAUUAUAUAUUGGUUUAUUGUGAUGUUGAGCUGGUUAUACAGCCCUACUGCUCAUAUGACAUAUAUAGCUGAGCAGUAGAGUCUCUUUUUACAGUAUAUGGUAGCAUGCUUUCAACAGAGGGCUGUUUCAGUAUUGGUGAACUUUCAAUAUCAGGUAGAUGUUCCAAAUUACUGUAUUUAGCCUUGAAUAACUGGCAACUAUGCAGGAAAUAACUUUUUGUACUUUUUGCCUGGACUUGAGUAAACAGAGCCGGAGUUAGCUUUCUAACAUUGUAACUCUAGCAGAAUAGGUUUCAAUUUUAAAAAAUCAAUCCUAAAAGAGAAGAGUCUUAACUCAUGAAUUCUGCAUCUUUGUCGUUGUUAUUAGGAAGAUAAUGGCAUUCCAGUGUACCUCAAAGGUGGAACAAUGGAUGCAAUGCUGUAUCGAACCACCAUGAUCCUUUCCGUUUUUGGUAAGACUUUAACAGAGAAGCAGCAGAGCUGUCAUAGAUGUCUCUGGUUAUGUGUUCAUAUUUCUAAGAGAGAAAGUACCACUCCUCUGCAUAAAUCUAAAACAGGAACUUGGGAACUUGGAAAUUCUGUGCUGUAUGUUACCGUGUUAUUAAAAACAUGCUUAGGAAAACCAGUAUAAAAGCACAAGAGAUACCAGACUGCUGUUUGUGAAUAUUCUCCACAUUACUUUCUCCUCUUUCUGUUGUGAACAUCACUUGAGUCUGUAAGAGCUCUGUCUUAAAGGAACCCAGAUCCCCACUCUGUUCAGUAGGCAAAUUUGGAUGAGCGUUUACAUUCAAGCUUGCAAGUUUUCCUAUGCCACUUUCCCAUAAUGCCUACUUUACUUAGCUAUUUGACUGAGUGGGUUUCUGACACCUUUGAGAAUGCAGUCUUUACAAUCAUUUGUUGGGAACCUUUUUAAAGCCCAAAAACAUGAGGCAGAAACUUCUGAAUGGAAGCUCAGGUUAAAAUGCAGCUGCCAGGAAAAUGAUGGGGGACCUGUGCCCCUCCAUAUGUUGUUGGACUACAGCUUCAGUAAUCAUUGACCUUGGCCAGGUUCCCGAUCCCUGUAUUGAAAACAGCAUGCUGGAAGCACUUUAAUUUACCAGAAUUUCUGAAAGCUCAAGAGUUUAAGAUGGCAAUUUUUAUCAUAAAACUUACGGCAUUUUUAGAGUUUUGCCUAAUAAUAAUAAUUUAUUUGUACCUCACCCAUCUGACUGGGUUGCCCAAGCCAUUUGGGCGGUUUUCAACAUAUAUGACAACAUAAUAAAGCAUUAAACCUUAAGAAACUUCCCUGUACAGGGCUGCCUUCAGAUGUCUUAUGAAGGUUAUACAUAAAGUUAUUCAUCUCUUUGACAUCUGAUGGGAGUGUGUUCUACAGGAUGGGUGCUACUAGAGAAAAGACCCUCUGCCUGGUUCUCUGUAGCUUCACUUCUCUAAGUGAAGGAACCCUCAGUGCUGGAUCUCAGUGUCCGGGCUGAACGCUGGGGUUGAAGACGCUCCUUCAGGUAUACAGGGCCAAGGUCAUUUAGGGCUUUAACGGUCAUCAGCAACACUUUGAAUUGUGCUCAGAAAUGUCAUAAUCCUCCCCUUAUGUACUUAAUUGGUCUGGCGAUAUAAAAGGAAUGGGAAAACGGGCUCCUUUUAGCCUGAAGAAACUUAACAUAUAUUGUGUCAUUUUCUGUCAGUCUAAUAAGAUUAGAGCAAAAGAGUGGCAUGAAUACUUUAAAAAAAAGAGAGCUUAUGCUAAUAAAUUGCCAUCAUCUAAAGCAUUUGUGCUUGAUCUGACCUAAUGUUGUGUGUCUUCUCUUCAGGAACAGGCUAUCUCCUUUAUGUGCUCUUCAAUGCAGCAAUGCCCAAGAAAAACAAUUGACCCCAGUUUACAGGAUGCAUCUUGGAGUAACACCUCUCCACACCAUUCCAAAACACUCUUCAGGGACCUACUUUGUCCUUGUCAUAAAUGAUGUCUGUGUUGGGGAUCAGUAUUUAUUGAGCUGAAAUGUUCUAUGCUGUGACCAAUAAAGUAGUUUUACAUUCCUGUGUGCUCGAA